AUGUCCAAAGUCCGGGAUAGGAUGGAAGAUUUCAAAGAUGCUGUGCGCCACUCUGCUCUCUCUUUGGGUUACAGUGAGUCCAAAUUGGCAGCCAUUAUGGCAAAAUUUAUUAUACAUGCACCCCGCCAGAGGUCACCUUUCACCAGAGCCGCUCUCAAGACGAUGGAAAGCAUUGGAGCUCUGGAACAGUUUAUGUUGAAACAUAGAAAAGAUUAUGUGGAUAUGCAUCGGACCACUGAACAGGAGAGAGAUAGCAUUGAGCAUGAAGUAAGUGCUUUUAUCAAAGCAUGUCAAGAACAAAUUGAUGUUCUCAAAAAUAGCAUUAACGAUGACGAGGCAAACUCAAAGGGAUGGCUUGGCAUUAGGACUGAUUACUCUAAUGCUGAUACUAUAGCACACAAACAUGGUGUGGUUUUGAUUUUAAGUGAGAGACUCCAUUCAGUCACUUCACAGUUUGAUAAGCUAAGAGCCAUACGCUUCCAAGAUACCAUUAAUAGAGCAACACCUAGAAGAAAACUUAAGCGGAUUGCAAAUUCAGAACCUGCAGAUGCUUCUAACUCCAACAAUUUGGAGCUCAGGGAACCUAAUGAACUUCAACCUGAGCCUCUAACAGUCCAACAGCAACUCUUGGACGAUGAAACACGUGCCCUUCAGGUGGAGCUGACUAACCUUCUUGAUGCAGUUCAGCAAACUGAAACUAAGAUGGUGGAAAUGUCUGCGCUGAAUCACCUUAUGUCCACACACGUGCUGCAACAAGCUCAACAGAUAGAGCAACUCUAUGAUCAGGCAGUCGAAGCAACGAAGAAUGUAGAGCUUGGAAACAAAGAGAUCUCAAAAGCAAUCCAGCGGAAUAGCGGCAGCAGGACGUUUCUUUUGCUUUUCAUCGUUUUAUUAACUUUUUCGGUUCUCUUUCUCGAUUGGUAUAAUUGA